AUGGCGUACAAGUUUCGCGAAGAGAUCGUGGGAAAGAGGUUUCUCUCGGUGAGUGGUUUCACCAAGCUAAAGGUGAAUAAGAUCAGUGAGUGGGGGUGGCGUGCAGGGGUGAUUCGUGCUGCCAGUCACAGGGAUAACGGCUGUCAUGAUCUUCAGGUGAGUCCGUCGUUCGUUAAUAAACAUGUUUCGUUUAUUCAAUUCGUCAUCGUCGUUGACAAGUCGAGACACGGGGCCGGUCGAGUUUACGUAGAAUGACUUUGGUUCGAUGCAUGCGGCCUAUCUCGCGUCGUGCGCGUGACACGCUGUUUCUGUUUACAUUAGCGACCGACCUUUCGAACAUUCGAACUUUGCGUUCUACCGUCUACAUACUUCACCUCGAUUCAGCAAGCCCGCCUCUCUUUAAUAUCGAAAGAACCCGUUGUGCGAUCGAAGUUUUUUUUCGCGGUCGAUUCUACAUUCCGAUUAGAAAACUUUCUCAAUAUUUUUCCCUCGAUUGAGGACUCUUCUUCUUCUCAUUGAUUACUCACGACAUCUGACAAAAGAUUCCUGACAACAAUAACGAACAGCCUAACCUGUAAAAAAUUUUCGCUCGACCAAGUAUUCGAAGAGACUCCGAAACGUGCAGCGUGAUUACGUAAACACGUGCUUUUUCAUAUUUUCGUGAGUUCCAAGUUCGAAUAUGCAAAUAGUGGUCGUCAGAGACGUUAAUAUUAAUGUCUGCUCGCACUCUGAUAUAUCAUUUGCUAGUCAAAUUUAGGAAAUAUAUUUCGGAGCUCGUCGUUUCAAUGACGCUUUUUAACGUUUCGCAACGUAGUUCCACGUUGCGCGUCGAAAGUUGGAAAUAGUUAAUAGAAACAAUUAGUCAGUUAAAAAAAAAAAAAAAAGAAAAAAAAGAAAAGAGAAAAUCAUGUGACGCGAUGCUCGAAAAGCAGAAAUGAUUUUUAAUGUCCCUUCCAUUCUGACAUCGAUGAUUAAAAAAUUUUUUUUAUAUUCUUCGAUAAUUAUUAUCGAAUCCCAAUGAUUCCCUUACACAUUUUUGGAUAAUAUGACAUUCAAAGUUUAAUGAACAGUAAUUCAAUUUCUAAUAAUAAGAUACUAAUUGUAACACAGUUAUUCAUAGUUAAAAUAGUGGAUGAUUAA